ACCCCCACAGUAAUAAUGCUGUUUCUCCCCUCAGGUGCAAAGAAGUGGCUGGAGUGGAGGAAAGAGAUUGAGCUGCUGUCGGAUGUAGCCUACUUUGGCCUCACCACACUUGCAGGCUACCAGACCCUCGGGGAGGAGUACGUCGGUGUCGUCCAGGUGGACCCGUCCCACAGCCGCGUGCCCUCGAUGCUGCGCCGUGGUGUGCUGGUCGCACUGCACACUGUCCUGCCCUACCUGCUGGACAAGGCCCUGCUCCACCUGGAGCACGAGCUGCAGGCUGACAGCACUGGCACCUGGCCCUCACAGGGCAGCCUGGCACCUGGCGUGCGCAGCCGGUCGGGGGCAAGGCGCUGGGUGCGCCAGCAUGCAGCCACCCUGACGGAGCAGCAGCAGAAGGCACUCCUGCGGGCCACGUUGGUGCUCAGGCAGGGCCUCAGCUGCCUCCAGCGGUUCCACGUCGCCUGGUUCUAUAUCCACGGCACCUUCUACCACCUGGCCAAGAGGGUCACGGGAGUCACCUAUCUCUGCGUCCGCCGCCCGCCUGCAGAGGACCCGAGGGUCCGCACAAGCUACAGGCUGCUGGGGCUCGUCUCCUUGCUGCACCUGGCACUGUCCGUGGGACUGCAGCUGUACGGCUUCCAGCAGAGGCAGCGCGCCCGCAGGGAGUGGAAGCUGCAUCGCAGCCUGUCUCACCGCAGGAGCCACGUGGAAGAGAGGGCAGUUUCCAGAAACUCGGUGUGUACCCUGUGCCUGGAGGAACGCAGGCAUUCGACAGCCACACCCUGUGGCCACCUCUUUUGCUGGGAGUGCAUCACCCAGUGGUGCGACACCAAGACGGAGUGUCCUCUCUGCAGGGAGAAGUUCCCUCCCCAGAAGCUCAUCUACCUGCGGCACUUCCGCUGACCCGAUGGAGGAACCCAGGAGGCUGUCUUAAUGUCAGGAAAAAAACUUAAGUUAGUCUCAAGAUGAACUUUACUUGCACAGAAAUCACAAAAUUCUCAAAUUUCUAUUUUUUGUCACAUAAGAUAGUAUGCCAGCAGCUCAGGACAGAAGCUGGACCUGGCUGCAAAACAGCUGGUCCAGGGCCUUCAGGGCCGGGUUUGGGUACGGGUUCCACCCAGCUCCGUUACCCCGAGCCUGGGGACGCUGAUGGCGAGACUCAGCCAGGGGCGGAGGCUCAGCUGAGAGCCCCACACACCCCCACUGUGGCACAGUUUAGUCACUUCUUCAGGAACUUCACUCUUUGGACAAGGUUUUAGGUUCCCUACAUUUCCC